GAGUCCCCCCGGAGACGGAGACGGAGGGAGGAGACUCGAGAAGACGCGGAGAGGCAGGGAGGGGAGCAUUCCCAUGGCGAGCGUCAAGCAGGGCGGGGACGCGGCGAGCGCGGGCGGGGGAGGGGGUCCUGGGAUGCCGGCGGCCGAGAUGGAGCGGGUCUUCCGGCGUUACGACGCCAACGGCGACGGCAAGAUCUCGGCGGAGGAGCUGGCGUCCGUGCUGCGGGCGCUGGGCGCGCCGCCGGGGCCCGGGGAGGUGCGCCGCAUGAUGGACGAGAUGGACGCCGACCGCGACGGCUUCGUCGACCUCGCCGAGUUCGUCGCCUUCCACUGCGGCGGCGCCGGGAGCGCCCGGCUGGAGGGGGAGGACGACGACGCCACGGAGGCCGAGCUGCGGGAGGCCUUCCGCAUGUACGACGCCGACCGCAACGGCCUCAUCUCCGCGCGGGAGCUCCACCGCGUCCUGCGCCAGCUCGGGGACAAGUGCUCCGUCGCCGACUGCUCCAGGAUGAUCCGCUCCGUCGACGCCGACGGCGACGGCAGCGUCAACUUCGACGAGUUCAAGAAGAUGAUGGGCGCCGGCGCCGGAGCCAGGCGCUAGCCGCCAGCCAAGGAGGAGGAACCUCCAUGACUCCGAUCCACACCCCCAAAGGUGAAGUGAGUAGCCUGCAUCCAUCCAGCUGAAUGGCCUUCGAUUUCAGGCCUCCUUUUACUGUACUACUAAGCAAGCACGGUUUUGGAGGCACUCUGAUCUGAUUUGAUGCUGAACAGCGGAGGUGAUGUUGUCGUGUAAAGGUGUGAUGACCUGCUACUGCUUUUGUGUCUGCUCCUAUAUUAUGAUGUAAUCUAAUUGACUAAUCGCUGCUGUCGCUAAAGGAGGAACUUUUAAUCCCUUUGUCAAGCCCUUUGUUUAGUUCUAUUAUGGCAAACCCCUUUGUUUAAUUUUGUUAUGGAAAACCAUUUGUUUAAUUUGCCAUGGGCCAGGUGUGCGUGCUAAUACAUAUAUGUGAUCACCCUUCA